ACAAACAUGGAUCAAGAAAUUGUGGGUAACAUUGUCCUGUUGGUCAUUGUCACUCUUAUCAGCGUGGUCCAGAAUGCGUUCUUUGCUCAGAAGGUGGAACAUGAAAGCAGGACCCAGAAUGUGCGAACCUUCCAGAGGACAGGGACACUCGCCUUUGAGAAGGUCUACACUGCCAACCAGAACUGUGUGGAUGCAUACCCCACUUUCCUUGCCGUGCUCUGGAGUGCAGGGUUACUCUGCAGUCAAGCACCUGCUGCCUUCGCUGGACUGAUGUACUUAUUCGUGAGGCAGAAGUACUUCGUUGGCUAUCUAGGAGAGAGGACUCAGAGUACACCUGGCUAUAUAUUUGGGAAACGCAUCAUCCUGUUCCUGUUUCUCAUGUCCCUGGCUGGCAUUUUCAACUACUACCUCAUCCUUUUUUUCGGAAGUGACUUUAAAAACUACAUAAAGACGAUCACCACCACUAUCUCCCCUCUGUUGCUCAUUCCCUAA